UUGACCACUGCCAGUGGUCAGUGAACAUUGUUGAGGUUAUGUUUGUAUGAAAAAAUAGUGAAAUGUUAUCCAGACAGUUAAAUAAAUCAUUUUUCCAGCAUCAGGGAAUCGCUGCCUUUUGUAGACAGGUUAUAAGCCGGCAGAAGUCUUACACCCCUAUUAACACUGUCGUUAUGUUCGUACCUCAGCAAGAGGCGUGGAUAGUGGAACGAAUGGGAAAGUUUCACAGAAUAUUGGACCCCGGAUUAAACCUGCUUAUUCCCAUCAUAGACCGGGUAAAAUAUGUUCAAAGCUUGAAAGAAAUUGCGGUAGAUAUACCUAAGCAGAGCGCCAUAACUUCCGAUAAUGUUACGUUAAGUAUCGAUGGUAUAUUGUACCUACGUAUAAUAGAUGCUUACCUAGCAAGUUAUGGUGUAGAGGAUCCCGAAUUUGCAAUUACCCAACUUGCACAGACUACCAUGAGAUCAGAACUGGGAAAAAUAUCCCUGGACAAAGUAUUUAGAGAACGUGAGAAUCUAAACGUCUCCAUCGUCGACUCGAUUAAUAAAGCGAGUGAGGCGUGGGGCAUGACGUGUCUGCGUUAUGAGAUACGCGACAUACGGUUACCUCAGCGGGUUCAGGAAGCGAUGCAGAUGCAGGUGGAGGCCGAAAGAAAGAAACGAGCGGCCAUUUUGGAAUCGGAAGGGAUGCGAGCGGCCGAAAUUAACGUAGCAGAGGGCAAGCGCCAGUCGAGAAUAUUGGCUUCCGAGGCCGACAGACAAGAGCAGAUAAACAAAGCUUUGGGGGAAGCGGAUGCAAUCCGAGCAGUGGCGGAGGCCCGUGCCACAGGACUGCAGGUUAUCGCGUCGGCGCUCCAGCAGGACUACGGUUCAAAUGCCGCCUCUUUAAGCGUUGCCGAGCAAUACGUAAACGCGUUCGAUAAAUUGGCGCGAACGAGCAACACCCUGAUCUUACCUGCCAAUGCGGGUGACGUAUCGAACAUCGUGACGCAAGCGUUGUCGGUGUACUCGGCUGUGACGAAAUCGCAGCCGUCAAACGUCAAACCAAGUUUGGCGAAAAAAUACGUGCCGAUCAAUCCCACCGACGAGUUUGCGGAACUGUUCAGCGACGAAGAAGAGGUUCGGAAACACAGAGACAAACUGAGGAAAGAAUUGAAGGCCGCACCGCCGAAAAAAACGAGUUAGAUUUUUUUAGUUAUUUCGUUAAUUAUAUUUUUUAUAAACUGCAAAUUAAUAAAGCGAUUACAUAUG